CAUGAGAACAAGAAUACCCCAUCAAAAACUUACCAACAGCGUCUCCAGACCCCUCUCUCCAGUCUUUCCAGAGGCUCUUUCACCUCCAAAUCACCACCAAGCCCCCUCUUCCCUUCAAAAUCCCUCAAAAUCUCCUUCUAACAGCUCUAAACCCACUAUGCCAAAGCCAAGCUCUAGGAGGAGAACUAUCCAAAAGACCCAAAGAAGCCAGAAGCCCAAGCGAAGCCGCAGGAAGAAAUCAGGAAUAAAGCAGAAGAAACAACCUAAAAGACAGAUUAAGGGUUUAGAGAUACAGCUGAAGGUCCCUUCCUGGCUGGGACUGGAGAUAAGAAAGUGUGACAAACGGAAGGAGGGGAAGGUAUACACCAUGGUAUUGGCAAAGAAAAAAGGUCCAAAAAUAGAUACUGAAACUCAUUCUCUGAAGUGUCAGAUGAAAGAAUCUACUAAGAGUAUUGAGGUAUCCUUGAGAAAAAUCGAUGAAAUCAGAAGAAAACCUCUUCAAAAUAUCACCAAUAAUGAGUAUCCAGUGCUAAAAGAUACCAGACAAAAGGAGAAAUUUAACAAGCAUGCCAAUUUUGAUAAAUCUGCAAAAGCUUUAAAAUGUAAAACUGACAAUAAAGAACAAGAGCUUGUAGAUUUUAUGAAUAUUUUGCUUGAAGAACCAAGCCUGUUUAAAGGAAGAGAUAAAUCAAAGCAUAAGCCAAUCAAGAUAGAAGAUAGCAUCCUCCUUGAAGGCCAAGUUCUCUACUCCACAAAAUGGACUCAUCCACUCAAGGACCUCCCUAUGUUCACUUCCUUAGUGACUGAGAAGAGUCUUAAGAAGAAUAUGAAGAAAAGAGAGCUGAAGGAAUUGGUGAAGAGGUAUGUAGAGGGAGUGGAUGGAUAAGGGAGGAAUUGAAUUGAAAGUUGUAUGAUGUGGAUUUAGGUGGUUCAGUUUU